GCCGUAGACAGGAUUAGGGCGCGAUGGCGCUCCUUCGCCGAUUCCUGAGGAGCACAGAGGACUUCCUGCUGCGAGCCCAACGGGGACCGUACGGCGAGGCCUCCCGCACCCUGUUCCAGUUCAAGACGGCAGAAGACCUGGCGCAGUGGACCUCAUUCUCCGAUGCAGAGCUUGGCGGCAAGUCCACGGUUGCGCUGGAGCUGGGCCAGGAGGCAACGGGCACCGGAGUCCUCUCAGGCGUGUACAGCACAGAGGUGGGGGAGAGGGCGCACGAGCGGCUGCGGCGCAGCGGCUACGCGGGCAUCACCAGCAAGCCCAGCCCGGAGGGCUUGCUGGACCUUGAGGACUUUGAUGCUCUGGUGUUCAGAGUGCGGGGCGAUGGGCGGCAGUACAUUGCUAGCAUCCGCUGCGAGAACUGGCUGGUGGACCAGCGCUCCCACGACGUGUGGCAGGCCUUCCUGUUUGCGCGUAAGGGGGAGUGGAGCGAGGUGGAGAUCCCGCUGUCACGCUUCCUGCUGACGUGGAAGGGCAAGGUGGUGGAGGAGGUGGUGGAGCUGAAUGCCAAGCGCAUCACCUCGGUCGGCAUCUCCCUGGCCGGCGGCGACCAGCUGCAGCCGCACGGCUCCUACCAGCUGGGCCUCGACUGGAUAGCGGCGCGCAACACGCGGAUACACCAGCCAGACGAGGAGCGGCGGGAGGAGUGA